ACUCAAGCAUUAGCACCAACAAGCUCUGAGCAACAUCAGUCUCUGGAAAGCCUUCUGAAUUAGACAAGGCCUGCCUCUCAGCACAGCUACAAAACACUUUAAACCUGACCAGCUAAAUGGAUAAACCUAGCCUGCAUAGCUUUUAAACUGGGGUCUCAUACAGCACAGGAGGCCUACUUGCUUGAAGAACUGAAAAUCCAGAGGAUGAUUUGCUUUAUCUGGGAAUGGCAAAAGCCAGCACAAUAAGGAAUGCCAGGUAUUCUGAAGAUUUUCUUUUUCUUUUUCUUUUUUUUCCUCUCUUUUUACAGAGAAGUUGGUUACCUUCGAGAUGGGCUGUAGCUCUUUUGCACAGAUUGCCAAUUACUGCUGAUGGGUCUCUGGUGAAUUACACAAUGAUGCUCAGAGCCUAGAGGCCCUCCCCCACCCCCCAACUGCUUCCUUCUCCCUGCCCCCCAUCCCACUACGUGCUGAUUUUUUUUUUUUUCCUAUAUGUAUAUAUAUAUUUUUUGUCUGUCCCCUCUGGGGAAGUUUGUAUGGGGCUACUAGCUGACAUGUGGGAUCAGAAUGGUGUGAAUGACAGACGCACUGUAUCAUGAAGGUGGUGGUGGUUUCAACACGUGAGACCAAACAAGAAGCAAGCUGAGAGAGGGGGGAACCGUUUUGGAUGACAAAGGAUGGGUUUCCAUUUAAUUACGCAGCUGAGAGGCAUGCGUGUAGUGCUAGUGCUACUUCCUACACUGCUGCUUGUUAUGCUCACGGGGGCUCAGAAAGCUUGCCCAAAGAACUGCAGAUGUGAUGGCAAAAUUGUGUACUGUGAGUCUCAUGCUUUCACAGAUAUCCCUGAGAACAUUUCUGGAGGAUCACAAGGCUUAUCAUUAAGGUUCAACAGCAUUCAGAAACUCAAAUCCAAUCAGUUUGCCAGCCUUAACCAGCUUAUAUGGCUUUAUCUUGACCAUAAUUACAUUAGCUCAGUGGAUGAAGAUGCAUUUCAAGGGAUCCGUAGACUGAAAGAAUUAAUUCUAAGCUCCAACAAAAUUACCUAUCUGCACAAUAAAACAUUUCACCCGGUUCCCAAUCUCCGCAGUCUGGACCUCUCCUACAAUAAGCUUCAGACAUUGCAAUCUGAACAAUUUAAAGGCCUUCGGAAACUCAUCAUUUUGCACUUGAGAUCUAACUCGUUAAAGACAGUGCCCAUCAGAGUUUUUCAAGACUGUCGAAAUCUCGACUUUCUGGAUUUGGGUUAUAAUCGUCUUCGAAGCUUGUCCAGAAAUGCUUUUGCUGGCCUGUUGAAGUUAAAAGAGCUCCACUUGGAGCACAAUCAGUUUUCCAAGAUCAACUUUGCUCAUUUUCCACGUCUCUUCAACCUCCGCUCAAUUUACUUACAAUGGAACAGGAUUCGCUCCAUUAGCCAAGGCUUGACAUGGACUUGGAGUUCCUUACACAACUUGGAUUUAUCAGGGAAUGAUAUCCAAGGAAUUGAGCCAGGCACAUUUAAAUGUUUGCCCAAUUUGCAAAAAUUGAAUUUGGAUUCCAACAAGCUUACCAACAUCUCACAGGAAACUGUCAAUGCGUGGAUAUCAUUAAUAUCCAUCACUUUGUCUGGGAAUAUGUGGGAAUGCAGUCGGAGCAUUUGUCCUCUAUUUUAUUGGCUUAAGAAUUUUAAAGGAAAUAAGGAAAGCACCAUGAUAUGUGCAGGACCUAAGCAUAUCCAAGGUGAAAAGGUUAGUGAUGCAGUGGAAACAUAUAAUAUCUGUUCUGAAGUCCAGGUGGUCAACACAGAAAAAUCACAGCUUGUGCCCCAAACUCCCCAGAAGCCUUUAAUUAUCCCUAAACCGACAACCUCAAAAUCUGACCCCAGCCAGUCCACUCUUGAAACACCAAGCCCUUCCCCAGGGUUUCAGAUUCCUGGCACAGAGCAAGAGUAUGAGCAUGUUUCAUUUCACAAAAUUAUUGCAGGGAGCGUGGCUCUCUUUCUUUCGGUGGCCAUGAUCCUCUUGGUAAUCUAUGUGUCUUGGAAACGCUACCCAGCCAGCAUGAAACAACUUCAGCAACAUUCUAUUAUGAAGAGGCGGCGGAAAAAGACCAGAGAGUCUGAAAGACAAAUGAAUUCCCCUUUACAGGAGUAUUAUGUGGACUACAAGCCUACAAACUCUGAGACCAUGGAUAUAUCGGUAAAUGGAUCUGGGCCCUGCACAUAUACCAUCUCUGGCUCCAGGGAAUGUGAGGUAUGAACCAUGAUCCUCCUAAAAGCGUUUCUACUGUGGGAAAGGAGAGGUAAAUGUUUGAAGCCCUAGAGGUAUCUCUAAUCACUAGAAAGAGUAAUGACCCUUUUGCUUUUGGGUUUUGCUCAGUGUGAAAGGUUACUUAAUUAAAUUACAACCACCAGGAAAUUGACUGCUUUUUUUUUUUUUUCCUUAAAUGGUUGAAACUUGAAGGAAGUUCAUUCAAGGAUGAUAUUAAGUUGGAAUAAAGCACUAUGUUAAAACAUCUGUUUUUCAACAGUUUGUAUACAGGGGUUGGACUUACAAACACACAUACACACAAAACUCUUUUCAUCCUAAAAUUUAUGUCUGGUUCUUGUUGUUUGACUUUUGUAAUCAAGUAAAGAAGGAGGGGCCAGAUUAAUUUAAAAACAAAGUGACUUUACCAAAAUUCCAGGAGGUAAUGAAGAUUUAAACCAAAGAGCAAUUUACCCAAGGGUUGAUUUUGUUGUACAUUUUUUAGUUUUAAUUAAAGCAUGCAGCAGGAAUCUCAUAGGGAUAACUGUUUCUGUGUUACUUGCCAUUUAGUUAUUAUACCAGCAUAGAGAAUGUCAGGCCUAUUGUGUAAUUGUAUUAAGGCGUUUAAAGAUGUGUUUUUUCCUCCUUUCCUUCCUUCCUACCUUCCUGCCUUCCUUCCCUUAUUUCUCCCUUCCUUUCUUUCUUUUCUUCCUUCCUCCUUUCCUUUCCUUUUUACUUUUUGUUUUUUUAUUACUGGACAUAGAUCACUUUUCAAAAGUUUUCUUAAGUGCUGGCUUUAUGUAUGUAAUCAGAAUGAAACUUAAAUUCUACAUUUUGGCUUUGUCCCUGGUAACUAAAAUCAGGUCAUGAUGUUGUGGAUGAUUUAGCAAUAACAUAAUGACAAACAUAACAGGGACUGUUUGUCAGUGUUGCUGUCAUCCCCAAAGACAUAAUGUGUAUUCUUGUUAAACUAAUCCAAAACUAAGUGAUGCAAAUAGUUAUAAAUAAAAAGAGAGAGAUUUGGGUUCUGAGUAUUUUCCCUUUCUGUAACAAUCACCUCAAAUGAAGGCAUUUCAUGUUAUACUAUUUUCAUUUUCAUGAGAAUAAGUUUGGAUCAGUGUCUGAUUAUUUAAUUUUAAAGGUCAUAUAUAGGAAUGUGUUUAUGAGUAGGAAAAUGGUCACAGAUUUCCAACUUGUUAAUAAGUAAUACUGGAUGCAAAUUAUUCUUUACUUGGUAAAGUUGAUCAAAAAGUGCAAAGACUGUGACUGCCUAGGCCUUGUUACAAGAAUAAAUUAGUAAAGAGAGGUAAAGUUCUGGCUCUGCGUCUUCUUAGUAUCCAAUUUUACAUGAUUGCUUUUUUGAAAGAAAGUUUUAAUGACAAUUUAAAGACUUUGCCCUUUUUAAUACUAGUUAUAAGAGUUGAAAAAUAUAAAUUGCUCUUUGAUAAUAUAUUCCCAAAUCUUUCCAUAAUCCUAAACGCAGAUGCUAAUGAAAAUGUUUUCAGACAAAGCACUGAGUCUGAAGUAAUCUCCAGCUCAGUGUAAUUUGGAAUAUGGAGCCAUUCUUUGCAGAGUUCAUUUUCUUCUCUUUUUGUUUGAUUGAAAAUAAGAAAAGUAAUCCCAGACAAAUUCCUGAAAGAAAGCUGUAUGAGCAAUUGCCCUUAAAAAUUAAAGAGAAUAAAAAAAUUUAUAUAAAAGUCUAACAAGGAUUGAUGUUUCUAUUGCAGGCUGACAUUUAUAUAAUAUUUGUGAAUAUUAGUAAAACAAGUUCAUCCUGCUUUAUUCUAGAUUUGUCUUCUAUUUUGAGAUCUUCUUAAAAACUAGUAAUAUAAAAAGAAAAGGAAAAUCCAGUCCCAUUCAUUCAUUUUCUCUUAACGUUUAUAUUAGAAUGGUGAUUUUUAUUUGUAAGAAUCACCAAGAAAUAUUCUUAAAGAGCUAGCACUUCAGAACAAGUGGUUCUAAAACUUUUCCAGAGAUCUUAAAUUCCAGAGAUUAUCCUUUAAAGACCAUAGGCAUUACCAUGAUAGAAACAAAAUAAAAACAUAUUUCAUUCUGUAAAAAAGUGUUUAAAAAUACAUUUUGAUAUUAUAUGUGUUCUGUAGAGUGAUGUUUAUGGUCCUGAAAUUGCAGUGACAUUGUUGGGGUUGGGUGUGGCGUUACAGCAUUAAGUAAUGAAAAAAUUAAUUAAAUGUUAUAAUGAAGCUAUUGAGUUGAAAUGGUAGCCCUACUGAAGUAGUCAAACUCUCCAUGCCCUAAAAAGUAGAAAAUGGUUGGCUAUACAUCUGAGAUCAUUAACUCCACUUCUGAGUGCUUGGGGUCCAAUAAGGCUAUGGGUUAAAUGAAUAUUAACUUGUUUUGAAACACAAAUACACAGAAACAAAGUGUAGCUGCCACUCCUCCUUUUUGUCAGUGUAAUCAAUGUUCAGUAUAUUACAGUUACAGAUAGAAGUAAGAAAUAAGGAAAAGUAGAUUCUUAGAAAUUGUUAUGAAAACAAUAAUUUUCCCUUACUUCUUUGUCACCCCAGAGUAAAAUUUCUCUUGUUGAGAAAACUUCUCUACAAAAUGAAGCCAAAAGAGAGAAUCGAUUUGCCCAAGUUUAUGACUUUUUAGGACAGUGGAGGUACGCAGAGUUUAGGUCUGGUGGUGUUUUGAGAAACCUCACGUAUCAAUAGCUUAGAAAAAUAGUGAACCAUUAAUAUAUUUAUAAUACAUUUUUGUGAGGUAGGUUUUUUAUUCAAAACAUCCAACUCUACCCAAUAAAGCCAUAAAUAUUUAACUAGAAAACUUAGCACCAAAUGCUAAUUUUCUAAGAUAGUGCCUUGAAAAAAAUUACAUUAAAUUGAAAAUUUCACUUAUAUUGUUGCGGUUACCUUCAAUUAUCACAAUCUAAAUAUAGUUAAAAUAGUCAUUUUGUCUAUUUCCUUUGAGAAGAAAAUAAAAAUAUUAACAGUCUUCCUUAGAAUAAUGUCUGUGAGCCACCACACACAUCUAGCAUGCAAUUUAUAAAGUAAAUAAUUUUGGCUCUGAUCUUUAUAAAUUUAAAAUUUUAAAGUUCCAAGUGCACAUUAUAUGAUAAUAAUCUGAAGGAGAAUAUCAUAAUAAUUUAGGCAGUAAAACUUUCUUAUAUCUAUAAAAGAGGGAUAGAGUAGAUAGCUAUGAAUAAUUAAUAUGAUAUAUGGCACAACUCCAAUAGAUAGAUACAUUUCAGUCAUACUUUGAGUGGAUCAGUGUGCUUGGUUGAACAGAAUCAUUUAAUUUGUUCUCAAUAUGUGCUCAGAGAAGAGAACUUAAAACCAAAAGGAUACAGCUUUGUCUAAAACUUAGUGCCACUGACAGAGAAAAUUGCAAAUACUUACUUUUGAAAAUAGCUUGUGAAACUUUGGAUAGCUUUAGCUCAUAAAAAAUUAUAAGAAUUAUAAAGUUACUUCAUUUUGCAUAACAAAUUUUUACUUAAAGAUUAUACAAAACAAAAUUUUGAAUACCUGGUUCUUCUAGGAUAUGUUUUAUCAGCUGAAAAUAGCAAGGACUUUUAUAAAAUUAGUAAUUGUGAAUAUAAGCCAGGAGAGUUUGUCUUUUGAAUUAAAAAAAAAUUGAAAUUGGUAAAACCUUAACAUGAAUGAAAGUGGUCUCUAAAAAGAUCCUGUGUUCAGAGUGUUUUAAAGAAGAAGUAAUUAAAAUAUAAAGUUUAAUGAUCCCAUAAUGCUAAUAGUGCUGUCAUUAGGGAAAUGGGAAUAUAGGUGACCCUAAGGUACAUAUUUUUCAAAUAUUUAGUAUUUUGGUUACACUCUUCAAAAUCAAGUAAAAUAAAAAUAAAUUGGUUGUCAUUUAGGGCUUAUAUUAUUUCUUUCACUGCUGUGCAGUGGGUGGUAUAGACCAUUUCUAACAACUUAUAUUUAUUGAAGGUAUUAGGUCAUAUCCAAACUACUGAUUUAAAGGGGAAUAUUAACUUCUUUCUACACUGUAGAAAUUGACAUUUUGAAGUAUACUGAAUGAAUUUCCAAUAACUAAAAAUCAUAAUAUACUCAAAGAGGAUCCUAAGUGAAGCAGGCCCAGUAUCACUGAGUUCAAUACACUUUACUAAUAUAAAGCUGUAGAAAACAAAGUUAAUUUUGGUGGCUGACUACUACUGUGUCAUAUUAAAAUGUUACAAAAUUGAAACUAUACUUUGUGUAUUUAAAGGAAGUCUAUUUAUGCUUGUGUGUGUGUGUGUGUGUGUACAUAUAUGUGUGUGUUUGUAUUAUGUAAGUAAGCGUAUGUGCUCAUAUAGAGAAAUAGAGGGAAAAUAUAAGUAUAUUUUGUUCAUUUUGAACACUUGAAAUACUAAUAAUAAAAUCUUGGGUCAUGGUGACUGGAAUUUGUUACUUAGGAAAAUGCUUCUUAAGAAUAAAUGUUUAAUCAUCUCUAAAAUUAUAUGUAUCUUAUGUCUAGAUAGUCUAGCGUUCGUUUUUGAAAAAACAGAAUUUAUACUACACAUUACCAUUUUUGCUGUGACUUUGGGUGAGUCAUUUCAUUUCUCUGUGAACCAUCAUUGAAUGAGUGUAAUUCAACUAGUGCAAUAUAUCCCAACUCAAAUCAUUCCUCAGAAUAGUCAACUUUGGAAAAUCUUAGUGGUCAUUCCCAGGACUACAAAAGCAAGAUGGGAUGUGGAGGAAAAACUGAGCUAUUUAUAUUCAUUGUCAAUGAGGAGAGAGAGAACUUCUUGAGUUACUAAAACACGACAUGCUCAGGUGAAAAGCCAUACAAUGUCUUUAUGUUUGAAGGCAAAAUAUAUUACACACAUGCACACAUGUGAGCGCACACACACACUUAUAUGUCUUCGAAAUUCUUCCAAAUAACUAGUUAUUUUGAAAGCAUUUAAAAUAUGACUUUAAAAAAUCUAUGGUCUAAAUUUGAUCCAACUAAAUUUCAUUCAUGAAUACAAUUUUUAUUAGUCUUCAGAUAGUACUGGUGAAGAGUGACAGCUGCCAAGAAGGCCCAGCAUGGCUAAUUUAGGACAGGUUUUAAACUGACAAUAAACAGUUCAAUUCCUUUUUCUAGAUUUAGCUCGUAUUAGCAUCUCAUGAACAAGUUUUUAAUAAUUGGUUGCUCUCUAAAUCCCCAAGUUGAGAAGUCUGACUCUUAGGAAUGGAUAGCUUUUGACACACCCCAGUAAUCUUUAGAUGAUUCCAGAAUUUUUCAUCCUGUGACUUUUCUAUAUUCAGUAAAAUCUAGUAAUUCUAGUUCUCAAUAAUUACAUUUAUAGAUAGCUCUAUGCUUUGGAAGUUGCUUGGGAAUAUUAGCAUUGGGUACUUGGUGACUCAUCAGAAUUUUCAUGUCUCUAGAGUUUCAUGAAUCACUAAAUCAAAGUGAAACACUAGCAACCUGUAUAUCACCAGUUUUGAAGUUUUGAAAAAUUUACUCUGUCUUUUGAUCAGUGAAAAGCAUAAAAGAGAUGCCGAAUAUGUUUUAAAAAUGAAAACUGCUGUUUAUAUUACCCAAAAAACUACCAUUCAUUGAGUCAGUUUAAUAAUAUCUCAAUAUUCUUAAAAUGAAAGAGAAAUUGUGAGGGUAUUUUUCUCAUGCACUCCGUAAGCCAUUAAAAUGUUAACUGUUAGUUAAGGAAGAUUGAGAAAAAGCACAGUAUUUCCUAUGAUAUCAGAAUCACUGGCUUUUUAAUAAACUGCUUUAAUAUGCUUGAAACUGCUCUAUAGGUGUAAAGGAUGUGAGUUAUACUCCUGCUAAGUGGUUUAAAAAUAAUGCUUCCACCAUCAAGAGAAAUUAGGGUCCUUUAAAAGUAAGACAUUUGACUUUAAGUCAAAUCUUACACAUUAUAAUACUUGUAAAGUUUGGGAAUGAAAUGACAGCAAAGCAAAUACACAUUAAUAAAAGGUUAAAGUAAGGGUGAAAAUAUAAAAUUUUCAGAAAAAAUCAUGUCCAAAAAUUAUGAACAACCUUGACUAAAAAAAAAAAAAAAUUGAAUAAAACUGAUGCCUCGAUAUCAGAUAAACAAUAAACAUGUGCAUAACUAAAUAAGAUUAUGAUAUUUAGCAUUACUGUCUGUACAUGGAAAUGAGAUAUCUUUUAAUAUUAUAUAAAUGGUAUUCUUAAACAUACAUAAAAAAGUAACUUUGAAAUAUAAUUACAUUUAAACAACCAUGUACAAUUAAACACCCGUAUAUCCCACAUAAAUAUUUCUGAAAUACUGAAAUAUAUGUUGUAAACAGAUAGUAGAUUAAUAUAUAUUAUAGUUUUGAAUAAACCCCAUUCUUUACUAACUUGACCAGUCCCCAUAAAUUACCUCAAAUAUAAACAUUUGGAGGAAACAUUAAAAAAUUUAAUGGCAUCAAAGUAACUUUAUGUUUCUUUUCUCAUUGCCUCAAUGUAUCAUGAUGGUUUUCUGAAUUUUUGGACAUCCACACAGCUUCUCUCUCCUUUAUUUCAGUCUUUCAUAUAUUCACUGAAUUCUCAGACUUUAGAGUUAGGGGUAAAGAUGUAAUAAUUAAACCUAGCAAGAAGGGUCAUCUCUUUUGAUUUUCCUUUUAUUUAAAAAAAAAUGUAAAGUCUUCUAGUAGAAAAAAGUAAGGUACAAUAAACAUGUUUGUCACUUUGAUUUUUAAAAGAGAAGUUUAAAGAAAGAGUAACUAUAAUAUCAAAACAAAACUUCCUAAACAAAUUUAUAAUUAUCAUUUUUAUCUACUAUUUCAGUUGUUAGGAUCUUCAAAUCUCAUUGAAUUAUAAAAACUAAAAAAUGUAUUAGGUUUUACAAUAUAUUUGAAUUUUUGAAGCAGACAAGCUAAAAUGAGUAUAGAUGGAUUUUUUUAAGAAAACUCACUGUUUUUUAGCAUCUCAGUAGGCAAAUGUAUUCCAGAACAGAAAUAUAUAAUGUUAUGAAUUGAUUCCAUUUUGAGGUUAUUUUUAAUGUUAGAGCAAAACCAUAUAGACACUAAUUUUGGAAUACCAAAUGAUACAAAGAGGGAAAAUGCUUGAAAUCAUUUUAUUUUGGAAAGUCAAUACUACUUAAUUCAUCUUCACUGUAUGUUUUCAUUUUAAAAGAUAAUGAUUGCUGUUUUGCUGCCUUCUUUUAAAAUUAAAUAUCAUCAGAUAAAUCAUUGAAAUUAUACUGAUUUUAUUAAAAGAAACAAACAAGAAACAAUCUUUGGGUAUAAAUUCUAUGCUUGCUUUUUCAAUUCCUCCUUCCUCCCUCAAGUCACAUUUACUGAAAGUUUUUUUUUUU